UAUCUUCGCAAUGUACCGAGGGAUUCCUGCCAAUGCCGUACUUAGAACAUUCUCUUCAAAAAGUGUCAACCGGGGAACAUAGUACCCUUGAGAAUUUUUAUUUAAUGAUAGAAUGGGUCAACAAUGGCGAGAGUGAAGGGCAUGAAGCAUAUCCUGAUGGCCAUAUCCAAACAGAGACAUCUGUCCAUAGGAAUAAUCUCACUGCCCCAAGUAGUGAACCAGAUAAAGUAUUUGACAAAACCUCCCCUUUCAUGUUGGCUACUUCUGUCAAGCAGCGUGUUUCAGUAACCAAAACCUCAAAGCAAAUAUUCGAACAUAAAUAUUUGUUGAAAGAAAAAUUUGAACAUCAGGAAAGUGACCUCAUUCAAGUUGAAAAUAAGUAUUUGACCCAAUUUGAGAAUGGCCUUGGACUGACCUUUCACUCAAGUGUUUCUGAGAAUCAGAGAUUUAAAACUGAAGAAGAAGUUGUAAACUGGCAUCAACUUGAGGGGCACAUCAGAAAGAGGUCAACCCAAGAAAAUUACAAGACGAUUUUGAAUGGACAUAGAAUUGCUGUUUGCAGUGAAUCUGAGGUGAAAUUUAACCAGGGCUCCAUUAUUAACAAAUGUCUGCAUACUCAUUUGCCAGAAAACCAUUUUGAAUGUAAUAAAGGUGAGGAAGUCUUGUCUCAAAGACCUAAACAUAUCCUACAGAGGAGUGAGCAUCUGGGAGGCAGUCCUUAUAAAUAUAGAGACUGUUUGAACGCUCUGCAGCUGUCCUCCAGAGUUGCUGAUCAUCAGACAACUUGUGUGGGACAAAAGCCAUCCACAUGUAAUAAGUCUGGAAACACAGUUAGUCAGUCGCCGAGACUAAAUAUACAGAAGACAACUGGUACUGGAGAGAAAACGUACACUUGUAAGGACUGUGGCCUAGUCUUUCAUUGGGACUCGAAACUUUCUCAACAUCAGCAAAUUCAUGCUGGAGAGAAGUCUGACAACUGGGAAGAAUGUGGUCAAACCUUUAAGGACUGCUCAUCACAGAGUACACAAGGGCAAAUCCAUAUUAGUGAGAGACUUGACAAAUGUCAACAAUGUGGCAAGGCCUUAAAGAGGCAUUCCUACCUUAGAACAAAGCACAGCAUCCAUAUUAUUGAGGAACCUUACCAAUGUCAAGAAUGCGUCCAUGCCUUUAAAGGGAAAUCCAACGUCACUAAUCAUCACAGGGUUGUCACUGAGGAAAAAGCUUACCAAUGUAAAGAAUGUGACAAGGCCUUUCGCAAAAACUCACACCUUAGUCAACAUCUCAGAAUUCAUACUGGAGAGAAACCUUACAAAUGUCAAGAAUGUGGCAAGGCCUUUACAAGACAUUCAAGCCUAACGCAACAUCACAGAAUUCAUACUGGAGAGAAACCUUACAAAUGUGAAGAGUGUGGAAAGGCCUUUCGCCAGCAAUCACACCUUAUUCUACAUCUCAGAAUUCAUACCAGAGUGAAACCUUACAAAUGUCAAGAAUGUGACAAGGCCUUUAUGAAGCUAUCACACCUUAGUGACCAUCUCAGAAUUCAUACUGGAGUGAAACCUUACAAAUGUCAAGAAUGUGACAAGGCCUUUAUGAAGCCAUCAUACCUUAGUAACCAUCUCAGAAUUCAUACCGGAGUAAAACCUUACAAAUGUCAAGAAUGUGGCAAGGCCUUUAGGCAGAAGUCAGUCCUUACUCAACAUCACAGUGUUCAUACUGGAGAGAAACCUUACAGGUGUGAAGUAUGUGGCAAGACCUUUAGUCGGUACUCAAGACUUACCGUACAUCUCAGAAUGCAUACUGGAGUGAAUCCUUACAAAUGUGUAGAAUGUGGCAAGGGCUUUAUAAUCCCAUCACACCUUAGACAACAUCUCAGAAUUCAUACUGGAGAGAAACCUUACAAAUGUGAACAAUGUGGCAAGGGCUUUAUAAUACCAUCACACCUUAGACAACAUAUCAGAAUUCAUACUGGAGAGAAACCUUUCAAAUGUGAAGGAUGUGGCAAGUCCUUUACAUACCACUCAAGCCUGACUCAACAUCACAGAAUUCAUACUGGAGAGAAACCAUAUAAAUGUGAAGAAUGUGGCAAGGCGUUUAGCCAGCACUCCAUCCUUUCUGUACAUCACAGAGUUCAUACCGGAGAGAAACCUUACAAAUGUGAGGAAUGUGGCAAGGCCUUUCGCUGCCAGUCACACCUUAGUCAACAUCACAGAAUUCAUACUGGAGACAAACCUUACAGAUGUGAACAAUGUGGCAAGGCCUUUUACAGGCAGUCAAACCUUACUCAACAUCACAGAAUUCAUACUGGAGAGAAACCGUACAAAUGUCAAGAAUGUGGCAAGGCCUUUAUGAGGCCAUCACACCUUAGUGACCAUCUCAGAAUUCAUACUGGAGUGAAACCUUACAAAUGUCAAGAAUGUGGCAAGGCCUUUAUUAACCACUCAAGCCUUACUCUACAUCUCAGAAUUCAUACUGGAGAGAAACCUUACAAAUGUGAACAAUGUGGCAAGGGCUUCAUAAUCGCAUCACACCUUAGACAACAUUUCAGAAUUCAUACUGGAGAGAAACCUUACAAAUGUGAAGAACGUGGCAAGACUUUUAUUAACCAUUCAAGCCUUACUCUACGUCUCAGAAUUCAUACUGGAGAGAAACGUUACAAAUGUGACCACUGUGGCAAGGCCUUUUGCCAGCAGUCAUACCUUAAUCUACAUCACAGAAUUCAUACUGGAGAGAAACCAUAUAAAUGUGAAGAAUGUGGCAAGGCCUUUCGCUGCCAGUCACGCCUGACUCAACAUCACAGAAUUCAUACCGGAGUGAAACCUUACAAAUGUCAAGAAUGUGGCAAGGCCUUUAGGCAGAAGUCAGUCCUUACUCAACAUCACAGUGUUCAUACUGGAGAGAAACCUUACAGGUGUGAAGUGUGUGACAAGGCCUUUAGUCGGUACUCAGGACUUACUGUACAUCUCAGAAUGCAUACUGGAGUGAAUCCUUACAAAUGUGUAGAAUGUGGCAAGGGCUUUAUAAUCCCAUCACACCUUAGACAACAUCUCAGAAUACAUACUGGAGAGAAACCUUACAAAUGUGAAGGAUGUGGCAAGGCCUUUUACAGGCAGUCAAAGCUUACUCAACAUCACAGAAUUCAUACUGGAGAGAAACCAUAUAAAUGUGAAGAAUGUGGCAAGACCUUUAGCCAGCACUCCAACCUUUCUGUACAUCACAGAGUUCAUACCGGAGAGAAACCUUACAAAUGUGAGGAAUGUGGCAAGGCCUUUCGCUGCCAGUCACACCUUAGUCAACAUCACAGAAUUCAUACUGGAGACAAACCUUACAGAUGUGAACAAUGUGGCAAGGCCUUUUACAGGCAGUCAAAGCUUACUCAACAUCACAGAAUUCAUACUGGAGAGAAACCUUACAAAUGUCAAGAAUGUGGCAUGGCCUUUACCCACCUGCCUCAGUCCCAGCAAGGUCAGUGCCUGGCCCAGGAGACCUGUACAAGCUGCUGCCCACACCACAAACCUGACCAGAUGGUUCUGCGGUGCCUCAGUUCUGGUGCAGUUGAUGGCAACUCUCGAUUCACAAGCGACCACAGCGCCCCUGGUUAUGCCUUACCAUGUUAA